AUGUCAUCUCCUGAACCGACGCAAUCAGCAGCUAGCCCCUCCAAAAACAAAAUCAAGGAGAAAUCGAGGAAAAAGUCAAAGCCGCAGCCAGUCACCGUCACCGACCAUGGCAAAAACGAAGGGGAGAACCCGCAUUGGGCCUACAAACCGCCGCCUGGUACUGAGUUAUUUGAUCAUUCAUUCGCAAACGAGACUUUCGACUGGGACUCUAUUAAGAAGGAUGAUGACCUUGAACUAUGGCUAAUACGCGUCCCAGAAUUGAUCAAACCCAAACAUUUUGAGGGACUGGAGGUUGACGCGCCCUCAUCCUCACGGAGCCGUCAGGUCGGUAGCUUGUCGCGAAAAGGCACUGUCUAUGAUAUAUGGUCGAUGGGUGACGAUGAUACGGAGUUCGCUGGAGCAGAGGAAUUGAGAGGACUGUCAUGUUUGCUUCCAAGAAAGAAAAAAUCGGGCAAGCUGUACAUGGCACCCAAAGAGAUUACACGCCAUCUUGUUGUUUCAGCCCAGCCAUCGAAAGCAACCCCUCCAGAGCACCCAUCCAUUUUGCACCAAAAUCCUGCUCGCCUGUCAUAUCCAAAAGAAUUGCUUAAGCAUCAUUUCGUGCCCUAUGGAGCGAAACUUUCAAUAAAUUCCGAUCAUGCGAGAAUGGACGUCGACGGUCAAGUGGAAGGCGGUCACCAUGGUACCGAUCUUAGAGGGUCUCCCCACAAGGCAAAGGAGUCGAAAAGCAAGAAGCGCAAGGUUGAGAGAGAUACAUCUCAUAAGAAAAUCACAGUUAAGAAACCUAAAAUAACACAGUAG